AUGGUCCUCUAUUAUUCCACUAACAUUGUUUACAGACAAAGGAGACUAAAAGAUACUAGGAACAAAUACAAGAAAAUUUGGAGCACUAAUACAGAAAGGAAUAAUAUUGUUAAAAAUAUGUGGAACAAUACUGAAGGCAGCUAUGAUAGAAAACUCCAGGAAACUCUAACAACUAUAUCCAAGUGGGGAAAAGAAAAAUUUGUAGACAUACCCAAAGUUAGUAAAAGGGCCCAAGCCAAACUGGAUAAGAUUAGAAACCUUAAAGCAACUACAGAGAACAUUCAUCUCAUCAUUGAGGUGGAGAAAGCUCUUGACGAUGCGCUUAAGAACAAAGAAUUAUGGUGGAGCCAAAGAGCUAAACUAUCCUUGCUCAAAGAAGGGACAUAA